UAACGUACGUGCGAGUCGUGUGCUAUCUCAUAGUAUAGAUACUCUAGUAGUAUUCGACUACAUUCUGUGUUAAAAUGAGUGCUAUAAAGAGUUAUUUCAAGGAAGAGGGGCAGUUGAGCAUGCUCGGAUUGGAAUGUUCAAAACCUUCAUGUUUCUAUCUGAGCGUUUGGCAGAGAAACCGCUCGUCGACGCCGCUGUUCAUUUGGCGCUCGCUUCUGUUCCUAACGUCGCUUGGUAUACUGCUCAGUUCAAUGAUAAUGUACGGCCUCAUGGGAAAGUUUGGUUUCUGGUUCAUCUACCUAACGCACUGGGGACUCACCCUAAAUACAGUCGCAACGGCGAUGUCGGCUGUUGUAUCUGCGCGGUGUUACUUCUUCGGACCAAUUGGCGCAGAAUUUGCAUUGCCGUGGUAUGUAAAAAGUUACUGGGUUUUCUAUAACAGUGCAGUGCCCAUCGCCUUUCUGAUUACCGUGUUUUAUUGGACCAUACUAUACGAAGCGGGUUUUGAAGAGGAGUUAAACCAUGGUCUGGACGUGGCUGUCCAUGGUCUGAACUCACUAGUGAUGUUCCUCCUAUUAGUCUCCGCGUCCCAUCCCUCGAGACUACUGCAUAUUUAUCAUCCUAUGAUUUUUGGAUUGACUUACGCAGUUUUUGGUGCUGUAUAUUAUCUGGCUGGUGGAGUAGAUGCAAAUGGAAAUCCGUGGAUAUACCCGGUGAUUAACUGGUCGCAACCGGGCUCAACAAUGGCGAUGGUGGCGAUAACUGGAGUUCUACUUAUCGCUCUGCACCUUGCGGUGGUGGGUCUAGCGGCGAUACGCGAUGCUAUCGCCACGAGGGUUAUUAGGCGAUCCGUCAUCACGCAUAUAGAAGAAGGCAUGCCAUUGCGCUCACAAACGCAAACGAUAACAUAGCCAGGAACUUACCGCUUCUUUAAACAGAGAGAGCCGGUUUUUGCAUUACCUGGGCGAGAUUUCUGCUGCGCCCUAAAAUGUAAUACAAACCCAUACGAAGAAGGCGCCCAUUUGCACCUCUGGCUUCUCUUUAUGUUAGACGCCCUGGGCAGACGUCCUACCAUCUCCUACAGUAACAUUGCCGGUACCUGCUGAAAUUCCCGAUAUAAAACAUGUUUGGUUUAUGUAGCAUAUUUUUUUGAUAGUUUUCUUACAAAUGAUGUCAUGUACAUUAAGUUAUAAGUCUACAUUACUAUGAAACUAUUGCGUAUUAGAAUUAAAGAUUCAGACACAACCUCUUUGCUGAAUUGUUAUUAAACACUAUUCUGCUUAACGGAAAUAAAACGCAUAUCAGUGCGCGCCCUUGAGUUAGAUGCAUAAAUCCGAGUUGAAUGUUAAUGUUAGGAUUAUCGUGUAUACUUUAAUGUUAGUAAAAUAGUUGUUAAGUUCAAUAUGAGAGUAGUGAAAUAAAUUAUACAAUCGUUCUUGUGUUUUUUU